AAGAAGGCAGGGAAUCCGGAAGUAAACAGUAUCGGAUCGCUUCGUUUCUGGCGGAUGGUUUUGAGUAGUCUGUGGCGGGCCUGGAGGGCAUUGAUUCAUCAUGUCGGCAGCAGCUGUGGACCCAGUUAGUGCCACGCCCAUGACAGGAUCAAAGGAGAUGAGUUUGGAGGAGCCAAAAAAGAUGACCAGAGAGGACUGGAGGAAAAAGAAGGAGCUAGAAGAACAGAGAAAACUGGGCAAUGCUCCUGCAGAAGUCGACGAGGAGGGGAAAGAUAUCAACCCUCAUAUUCCUCAGUAUAUUUCUUCGGUCCCAUGGUACAUUGAUCCAUCAAAGAGACCCACUUUAAAGCAUCAGAGACCACAGCCAGAGAAACAGAAGCAAUUCAGUUCAUCUGGGGAAUGGUACAAGAGAGGCGUUAAGGAGAAUUCUAUAACUACCAAGUACCGCAAAGGUGCGUGUGAGAACUGCGGAGCCAUGACACACAAGAGGAAAGACUGCUUUGAGAGGCCAAGGCGGGUCGGAGCUAAAUUCACAGGUACUAACAUCGCUCCCGAUGAGCACAUCCAGCCUCAGCUGAUGUUUGACUAUGAUGGCAAGAGAGACCGGUGGAAUGGCUAUAAUCCAGAAGAGCACAUGAAAAUUGUCGAGGAAUACGCCAAAGUUGAUCUGGCAAAACGAACAUUGAAAGCACAGAAACUACAAGAAGAAUUAGCCUCUGGAAAAUUAGUGGAGCAAGCUAAUUCUCCAAAACACCAGUGGGGAGAAGAGGAACCCAAUUCUCAGAUGGAAAAGGAUCAUAACAGUGAGGACGAGGAUGAAGACAAGUAUGCAGAUGAUAUUGACAUGCCUGGGCAGAAUUUCGACUCUAAAAGACGCAUUACUGUUCGGAAUCUCAGGAUUCGUGAAGAUAUUGCAAAAUAUUUGAGAAAUUUAGAUCCAAAUUCUGCCUAUUAUGAUCCAAAAACGAGAGCGAUGAGAGAGAAUCCUUACGCCAAUGCAGGAAAGAAUCCCGAUGAAGUGAGCUACGCUGGAGAUAACUUUGUCCGAUACACAGGUGACACCAUCUCAAUGGCUCAAACACAGUUGUUUGCUUGGGAAGCCUACGACAAGGGGUCUGAAGUGCAUCUCCAGGCAGAUCCUACAAAACUAGAGCUGCUGUAUAAGUCCUUCAAAGUCAAAAAAGAAGACUUCAAAGAGCAGCAGAAGGAGAGCAUCCUGGAAAAGUAUGGUGGCCAAGAACACCUAGAUGCUCCUCCAGCUGAGCUGCUCUUAGCCCAGACAGAAGACUAUGUGGAGUACUCCAGGCAUGGAACGGUCAUUAAAGGCCAGGAGCGGGCUGUCGCCUGCUCCAAGUACGAGGAAGACGUGAAGAUCAAUAACCACACGCAUAUCUGGGGAUCUUACUGGAAAGAAGGCCGCUGGGGCUACAAAUGUUGUCACUCUUUUUUUAAGUAUUCCUAUUGUACUGGAGAAGCUGGGAAGGAGAGUGUUAAUUCAGAGGACUGUAUUAUAAAUGAUGUGACUGGAGAAGAGUCUGUGAAGAAACCUCAGACCCUCAUGGAGCUGCAUCAGGAGAAACUAAAAGAGGAGAAGAAGAAGAAAAAGAAGAAGAAGAAACAUCGAAAGAGCAGUUCUGACAGCGACGAUGAGGAGAAGAAGCAGGAGAAACUGAAAAAGGCACUGAAUGCAGAGGAGGCUCGCCUUCUUCACGUGAAGGAGAUCAUGCAGAUUGACGAGCGGAAGAGGCCCUACAACAGCGUAUAUGAAUCCCGAGAGCCCACAGAAGAGGAAAUGGAGGCCUACAGGAUGAAACGGCAGAGGCCAGAUGACCCCAUGGCCUCUUUCCUAGGGCAGUAACUAGUCAGGAUCAGACACAUACACAGCAUAUUCUUUUCAGCUCCUUGCUGCCCAUAGAGAAUCUUUAUCCUUCUUGCUGUCUGACAUUAAUAAAUUUUUCUGAAGUCUCAAAGUCAGUCUCCUCAACAGUCAAGAAACGAAACAAGCAAAAAGAACAUACAGUUGUGAUUAUGGUUAAAAUCAUCUAUCCUAAUGAACAAUUUGGAAGGAGAGUUUGACUCUUGCAAAAUCUGCCAUGAUAGCUCAUCUUGUAAUGACAGCACUCGAGUGUGGUAGAGGAAAGAGGAUGAAGAGUUCAAGGUCGGCUGAGUGUGGUAGUACACACCUGUAAUCCUAGCACUCAGGAGACUGAGGCAGGAGCCUCAUAGCAUUAGCUCUGUAGAAAGUUUAGAACCAGCCUGCACUAUAUGAGGCUUUGUCUCAAAUGAAAAAGAGUUUGAGGCUGUUCUAGGCUACAUAACAAGAGCUCAAGGAAGGAAGGAAAAGAAAAAAGUCAUUUGUUCAUAGUGAGGUCUCCAGCUGUGUGCCGUUAAUCUUCUGGUCUCUUGUAUGUAGCCCCACCCUGUAGGCCCUCUCAAAGCCAAAGCUCCAGUUCUUAGUGACAUCACUAGUAAUUUAACUCUGUAAUCGCAGUUACAGCAUUUGGUUUUACCGUCUAAGAUUUUCUUGGUUUUAAACAACAAAUAUUCUACCUUCAUCUGCAUUGCCACAGGGAAAUCUGCAGGGCAUGUAAAUAUCUGUGUCCCCUAUAAUCCUUAUAAUAAAUAUAUUUUUCAUUUGA